CAAAAUAUACACAAUCCCCCAAAAUAUUUUCAAGACACCAAGCACUUCACUCUUACUGAAGCAAGAAAAUGAAGGGAGGAAUCCUUUCGGUGUUGGUUGCUGUAGCCAUGGUUCAAUUCAUGGUUAAUCCAGGAGAGGCCAUCACCUGUGGGGACGUGAACUCAGACUUGGCUGCUUGCGUUUCCUAUCUCACCGGAAAAGGUGGUGAUUUCCCUCCACCAGAAUGUUGUGCCGGGGGGAUCAAAUUAAAGGAAAGUGCUGUCAGCAUUGCAGACAAGCAAGCUGCAUGUGAAUGUGUCAAGGCAGCCGCUGCUCGCAUCCCAGAUAUCAAGGAUGAGGCUGCAUCCUCUCUCCCUGCCAAGUGCAAGGUUCAAGCGGACUUUCCCAUCUCCAAAAACUUCAAUUGUGCCGACAUUCACUAAGAUGAAGGGAAACAUGCAGGGCGCAGAAAUAAAGCUUUUGGAUGGUUGGGGUACUGUUACCGAUGGGCGAUCUCCAUAUUUAGUGUUCACUACUUAAAUUAUGUAUAAAUAAAAGUUGUUAUAUACAAGAGUCGAAGUAAGGCACCUAGUUCUGCUGUGAUUCUUGUAAUGGUUUAUGAGACU